AUGCUUAGAAAUAUUCUGUGCAGAGCGUCCCUCAUGGGAUCUAAGGCGGUCUCGUCGCCACUAUUUGCAUCCAAGGUCAACAUGACCAGUAAUUUCAUCAACAUCAAACCAACCAUGGCUGCCAUAAAGCCGGUGAAUUCGUCAUUAUUCCAACUCACACAGCAGAGAAAUACAACACUCAAUCAAACCAGAAAGGGAAAUGGUUAUGUGACUAAAAGGACCAAGCCUACAAAAUCUCCUGCUCUUAAGAAAUGUCCUAUUAAGAAAGGGGUCAUUCUCAGAGUGAUGAUCUUGAAGCCGAAGAAACCUAAUUCGGCUCAAAGAAAGGCAGCUAGAGUCAGACUUUCCAACGGCGAAGUGGUGUCUGCGUAUAUUCCUGGUAUCGGCCAUAAUGCACAGGAACACUCGGUUGUGUAUGUCAGAGGAGGUAGAUCUCAAGAUUUACCUGGUGUCAAGUAUCAUCUUAUUAGGGGAGCGUUAGAUUUGGCUGGGGUUGCUAAUAGAAAAACCUCUAGAUCUAAAUAUGGUGUCAAAAGACCUCAAAAGAAGGAGUAA